GAUUAAACCACAUAUAUUUACAUAGAUUUUUUUACAUACAUUACAUAAAUUUUUUUGCUUGUUAUUUUCUUACUGAAGAACUUUGGGUGAUGAGAUUAAGGUUUUAUUGUGAGGAAAAGCCUCUUAUGUGUGUAUUAACAGAAACUUGACUGUUGAAGCAGUCUCAGUUGACAAACCUCUCUGCUGGAAGAGAGUUCAGCUGUGCAGUAGUACCAGGAACCAAACUGGCCAACAUGGCUCAAGCUCUAGUUCUACUAGCCGCGUCACUACUGAUCUUCAGCAAUGUGGCUCACUGUGCAUUCUCCCCCACACUUUUUAUGGAUAUGGCAAAACUUUUCAUAGAUAACUACUGCCCACCAGAAAAACUCGCUGGUAUGGAAGAGGCAGUUGAAGCUGCUGGCAGUAACACAUUCCAGAUCCUGCCACCCUUUCCACUGAUCUGACUGAUGGGGUUAAAAACACAAUUGGUGAUUGCAGAGUUAAAGUUGCGUAUGAGCCAAUUUAUGUACCUGCAGUACCUCCAGCCAUGCCUGACAUCCCACCAGAACACCUGGCUGCAGUGAUCAAAGGUACUGUUGGAGUCAAGGUCCUCAAUGGCAACAUUGCUUACCUGAAGAUUCAGCACAUCAUUGGAGAGGAGAUGGCUCAAAAUUGGGCCCCUUCUGGGACAAAGUCCUCCAUACCUCUUCCAUGAAACUUGAUUUCCGCUCUGCGGUCAGUGGUGAGCUCUCCGGAAUUCCAUACAUUGUGUCCUACUUCACUGUUUCUGAACCUCUUAUCCACAUUGAUUCCAUGUACGAUCACCCCUCUGACACCACCACAGAGCUGUGGUCCAUGCCCACCCUCUUGGGCAAGAGGUAUGGAACCUACACACCCUUGAUCAUUCUAACCAGCAAUAACAAUCUUGGGAUUGAAGAAGAUGCUUAUUGCCUUAAAAACCUUAAGAGGACCACCAUCGUUGGAAAGAACGCAGCUGGGGGAACAGUAAAGAUUGACAAAAUCAAGGUUGGUGACACUGACUUCUAUGUGUCUGUGCCAGUUACUAAGUCCGUUAAGCCCAUCACUGGCAAGAGCUGGGAGAUCAAUGGAGUGGCACCAGAUGUUUAAGUUGCUGCAGAAGAUGCCCUUGACACACCAAUUACAAUCAUUAAACUUCAUGCUGAAAUCCCAGUGUUGGUUCAGGCUGCAGCACACUGAUUGAUGAAAACUAUGCAUUUCCAAGUGUCAACUGUUGCUGAGAAGUUGGAGGUUGUUGUAGCAAGUGGGGAAUACACCUUCAUCUCCACAAAAGAAGAACUGCAAACAAAGCUCUCUGAUGACCUCCUAAAACUGUCUGGG